AUGGCCUCAUCACAUGAGAAUGAAACCGGAGAAGGUCCAUCACCUCCGCAACGCCCAGAGCCUCCUACGCCCGCGCAACUCCCACUCUACGGCCAACUCAGUCUACCUAACAAGCCGACACGCCGCGCUCUAAGAAAACGACUCAUCUCGACACUAUUCCCUUGCCAAAAAGCGCAACACCAACGCCAGCAACAUAACGCACCCUACUACUCACCAUCAAUCGCCGACCGCAUAGAAGCGUCUAGCGCAUUCCUGGGCGCAUAUACCGGCCUCAAUAACCGACAACUUCAGGACCAUGUCCACAGCAUCCGCGACCGCGCCUGGGCCAUCGAGCCAUACCCCAGCUUCGGUCUAGGCUGGUUCCUACUCCCAGGCCUCUCGGAAACAAAAUCAUGGCCGGAUAUCGUGCUGGAAGCAAAAGAAGGCAAGACGAUUCUGGACGUUGGGAGUGGACUCGGUCAGGAGUUGCGGAGACUACGGCUUGAUGCUGGUCUAGGUACAAAGACCAAUUUAUAUGCGACGGACGCAUGUCGUGAGCUGUGGAGUGUAGGCUGUGACCUCUUUCUAGACCGCGAUAAAGCACGACCGGAAUUCCUCCUCGCCGACGCACGGCUCCGCGCCAGUUCGGGGAAAUAUGCGUCCUUUGGACCGCGGGGGUCCUUGGAGAAGCUACGAGGGAAGGUAGAUAUCAUUCUCAUCUCUGGGUUACUCGAGUUCUUCAAUUACAGCGACCAAGUAGCGAUUGCGGAGACCGUUGCGCUGCUUAGUCGUGCUGGGACGAAGGUUGUUGGGCGCUGUUUUGGGACGGACCAUUUGAAUGAGCGGGACUACAAGGAAGUUGGGGAUCGGGAGUUUUCGAGGUUUCUGAAUUCGUGGGUUUCGCUUUUGGGGAUUUGGAAUGAUGCGGCGAAUCAUACGGGGAUUAAGUGGAAUGUGAACGUUGAGACAGUUGGGUUGGAGGAAUGGGGGCUUGGUGAGGGGGAUCUUUCCUGGAUGACUGUUGAGGGCCCGUUGAAGGGGCUUGAUUUUGUUGUUGUUAGGGAGACAUAG